CUCGAGUAUGUUUCGCCGGUGGACAGCAAUCUUAUUUGCGCGAUAUGCCAGUGUCCUUUCAACCAGCCCAUGCAACUGGUAUGCGAUCACACCUUCUGCAACGAUUGUCUCAAACAAUGUUUCAAGAAUCAAGAAGGGACAACACGCAUAUGUCCGGCGUGUCGAGGACCGAUUGAAAUCCUGAAUUUUAAAUCGAAGACAAGGAAAUCACCGAGAUAUGUCAUACAAAUGCUGGACGAUUUGUUAGUGAGGUGCCCCAACAGCAAAGCGGGCUGCGAAAGCCAUGUCAAACGAGGCGAAAUCGAAGAUCACGUCGACAAAUACUGUGACUACAGUGUCCUGGAAUGCUCGGAUGACGAGUGUACUCAAGGGAUAUGGAGGAAAUAUUCGGAGCAGGGAUGCUUGCAUUUCAUGACCAUGUGCGAAGAUUGCGGUGAAUCAAUGAUGCAAAAGGACAUCUUUGAACAUCAGGAAAAGACUUGCCUGAAGCGAUUUAUUCGUUGCCAGCAUUGUUCCGAUGAGCUAGCGAAGCCACACCUCAAGCAACAUUUGGCAUCGAUUUGCCCUAUGGUACCUGCACGAUGCACAGGCCAGCCAUUUGGGUGCCCAUUCGAGGGGACUCGCGCCACCGUCAAUGCGCAUGUGAUCUCAUGUGUGAUCGCAACCAUGGCUCCAUAUCUUUCGACCCAGAAAGCUGCGUUCGAAGAACAAGACAAGGCCAACAAAGUGCUGCAAAGGAAGCUGGACCUGUUCGAAGGAGGCUUGACCGCGAUGCAGAACAUCCUCUACUCCGACAACCCGCCGACCGCGGCAUCGUCUGCAUCGCGAGCUGCCGAAACGUCCAUCGAUACCCCUAUGACAGAGACCGGAGCCAUGGCCGUCGACAUUCCCAACCGCCAUUCCCAACAAGGCAUGUCUACCGGCACCCCUCCCUUCGAUACCCCCAUCUCCCACCUCCUCUCCCUCCACGAGUCCCUCCGCGAGGAACUGUCCCGGUUGGAAAACACCAUCGCCGAACUCGACUCGCGCACCACGGUCAUGAUCCUAAACGAGGGCCAGCGCUCGAAAGACGAGAUGACCCACGCGAACGCCGCCAUCAACUCCAUGCGGAUGCAGCUGCAUUGGCUCAUGAGCACGCGGCUGCAACAG